AUGAAGUUCUCUGGUCUUGUUGGUUCUGAUUGGCAAGAAGCGUCGGGAGUUGAAGUUCGAGAACCGUCGGGUCAAGUCCUUCUUCGUAACACGAUCGGCCAGUACGAUUUCUACGAUCGGACCCUCGAUCCAUGGGAUCCAUCACUGGGUGAAAGAAUCUGUACCAGAAGUCGACCUGCAUCCAGGCUCUCAAAACAGCACAUCUUGGGACAACCACAGAUGCACGAGAUUUCUAGCGAUGUCCCAGGCGACGUGCGCGAGUAG